AUGAAAACUUUUGUCUUAUUCCUCUUCAUCAUCUUUUAAAUAUUAUGUCAAGACUAUUACUAACUACUUGGAGUACCUCGGUCUGCAUCAGAUGAUUAAAUCAAAAAGGCAUUCAAGAAACUAUCCCUCAAAUAUCACCCUGACAAAGCAAAAGGCAAUAAAGAGGAAGUAAGUCUAUUCUCUUAAUUUUAGUCUGAAAAACAAUUCUAAAAGAUUGUAAAUGCCUAUGAAAUUCUGAAAGACCCAGAGCAAAGAAAAAUAUAUGACAAAUUUGGAGAAGAGGGAUUAAAGGAGCAUACUUAAAGAUAGCAAUAAAGUAUCCAUAUAUUUUAAAUUAGAAGAAUAAGGUCAUUUUAAUUAUAAUGAUGUUUUCUCUAGGUUUUUUGGAGGAGGAUUUUAAUAAUAAAAACCCAACCUUGAAUAAUCUUUAUUCUCAAAAAGUGAUGUUUAUGAAAUUGAUAUGACUACUAUUAAUAGAUUUUUUAGAAGAGAUCAUGUUUGGCUCAUAUUCUUUUAUAAGAAUGAUGAUUAUGGCAGAUAAUAUAAAAAUACUUGGAAUGAAUUAGCAUCUAAAUAUUAUGGCAUUUUCUAAGUGGCUGCCAUUAAUUGUGCUGCUGAAAAUGAAAUUUGUGAUGAUGAAUUUUAAGUUUAUGAAUUUCCAAAAGUAUUUGCCUACCCUGCUAAUAUAAGAUAAGAACCAGUUGAAUUCAAAUUAAAGAUGGAAUUAGAUUAAUUAGCCAAAUUUGCCAUUUCUUUCAUGGAAAGCUUUGUUAGCAUUGUAACUAAUGAUAACUAUGAUAAUUUUAUUCGACAACAAGACUAGCAUAUUGUUUUGCUAUUUACAAAUAAAACCUCUACUCCACCUCUCCUUAAAGUUUUAUCAAAAGAAUUAAAAGGAAAAUUAGUUUUUGGUUAAGUCAGAAAUUCAGAUACUAAAUUAAUAUAAUAAUUUUAAAUUAACAAUUUCCCAACACUUAUGGUAGUCACUGAACCUGAAUAAUAUAGGGGUGUGAUUUAUGAAUAAAAUGAUUUUAAAAAAGAUUAAAUUAUGAAAUUCUUAAGAGAAUAUGCAUAUAUUAGCAAAAAAGUUAAAAAAACUCAUUAGGCUCCAAGAGAAUUAUCAACUUUGUUAAUAAAAAGUGGAUCUUGUACAACUAAAGACACUAAAAUGUGUUUCAUAAUAAUUACUGAAGAUAAAGAUUAUUUAGAUUUGCUCAAUCCUCUAUCUUAACAUUAUAUGAAAGACAAGAUAGAUUUCUACUACAUAAAUAAAAAGUAAAGUUAUCAACUUAUAUUUUUAGCAACUUAAUAUACUCAGAAGUUUUUGAUGAUAUUAACAAAUUCCCUACUGCAGUAGUGAUCAAGCCUAAAAAGGAAAGAUAUGCUUAGCUUUAAGGGGAAUUAACACUUUAAACUAUUUAGGAUUUUCUUGAUUCCAUAAUUAGUGGAAAUGUAUAAUUCAAGCCUAUGAAAGAUAGUCUGGAUUUUAAUAUUUUUAAAGAAGAUUUGUGA